GGUUUACUUAUACAAGUCUAUUUGAACCGAUAACUUUACUUUUAGCACUGUUUUUCUAGUCAAAGUUUUCUCUCAUGUUUUAUUAAUUCCAGCGAUAAUGAUUUAUUUUUUUGUAUGAAUUGAAAGCUUAUUUAUUAAAUACAUUGACUGUUCAGAUAAGUGAUGAAAUUAGUGAAAGAAAAGGAUUAGACUGCUGCUCUCCUGUUAUGCCUACCAAGCUCGAUCUCAUUUUGUAAUACCAACAGUUAUAUCCACAUUUCAACAUCGAAUCAUCAUCUUACUUAAAUAACAACUCAUAACUAGUCAUAAUUAACAUCUCUAUCAUCAUCUUCAUCUCCAACUUUAUCGUUAAUCUCAUCAUCAUCACCAGCAAACCGUCUCUUGCGUUACUUAAAUUCUUUCUCCGAUCCAUUCCUGGUUUCUUUUUAUUUCAUCCUGUACUCAAAUGUGUCUUGGCUUAGUGUCUAAAAACCAUUCCACCCACAAUAACUAGAUAUUUUCUCUAUUUCUUUACUCGUGUAAUUAAUUGUCCUUCAUUUCAAGCUAUCCUCUAACAUUUUCCAUGUAAAAUAUAAUUUUAUACUUUAUAUUUACAAAAUCUUGUUUGCAUCGUCUGACUGUCUCUUGGCAUAGCCAAUUACGCGGUUACUUUAUACCCAAUUAUUCAUCCAAUUUUCCUUUGUUUGGUUACAUGUUUAUAUACUUAAUUGAGUAAAAACCUUGCUCUAAUUGUUGGUACUGCAGGAAAAAAUUGAAACACUUUUUCCUAUCGAUUUUGGCCAGAUAAAAGUUUGAAAUAGAAAUUUAUUUUGGUUGGAGAAAAAAUCAUUGGAACGCAAAACAAAAGCUCAGUAAAGGAUAGGAAACAAUGGAGUCUCAACCCAACAGUCAACCAUCUAUUCAACAAUCAAGUCACAUUUCGCCUAAUUACAGUUUCAUUUUCAAAUUUGAGCAAUCCUUUGAAUACCGAGAAAAAAGGGAAUGGAUGCAGGAACAUUGGACUGAAGCAUUUUAUUGGGUUGCUGUUUACAUGUUAAUUGUUUUCGGUGGCCAAGCUUACAUGUCAAACCGUCCACCAUUCAAAUUAAGACGAGUAUUAACCCUUUGGAAUAUACUGUUGGCCUCGUUCUCGAUUGUAGGAACACUAAGAACUUUACCUGAGAUGUUGCAUGUGUUCCACAAUUUUGGCUUCUACCACACUGUCUGUAAUCCAAGUUACGUUGAGGUCACUCGUGUCUCCGGUUUUUGGACAUGGAUGUUUGCCAUAUCCAAGGUUCCUGAAUUGGGUGACACAAUAUUCAUUGUCCUUCGAAAACAAAACCUCAUCUUUCUUCACUGGUAUCAUCACAUUUCCGUUUUAAUCUUCUCAUGGUACAGCUAUGGACAGCAUAUUUCCCCCGCUCGCUGGUACAUCUGUAUGAACUAUCUGGUCCAUUCAAUGAUGUACUCAUAUUAUGCUGCUCGUGCUCUUGGUUUCAAAGUACCCAAAGGACUAGCCAUGAUUAUCACUGGAUCACAGAUAAUUCAAAUGGUAAUCGGAUGUUUUGUUACAUAUUAUGGUUACACCAAAGCACAGCAAGGAGUCUUCUGUCAAAUAUCGGAGGGAACAGCUAAAUUAGGUUUAAUUAUGUACGGUAGUUAUUUCGUCUUAUUUGCUCAUUUCUUUGUCAAUACUUAUGGCACCAAAAGUAAUCAAAAGGAACCAAGUUCAUCAACAUCGUGCAAUAAAACAGCCAUUCAACAAAAAGACAAAGUCAAGAGCCAAUAGACUAUUUAAAUCAAUAGGCUUAAAAAUGUAAAUUUCAUUGAAUUGUGAAAAAACUGACCUUAUUAAUUUAUAAUUUUGUCUAAUUAAUUUGAAAAAUACAUUCAAUGUAAAUUUGACCAAAGAAAUCACCAAAGAUUACUUUCUAAAUCUUUAAUUGUAAGGCAAUUAUAUCGACAAUAGUAAACAUUGCGAUAUCUUAGUUUUAUGUUAAUAAAUUAUUAUUAUUAUCACU